AUGCGUUGGACUCCUGUUGUACUAGCUACCCUCGCAGGGCUACAAGCAGCUCAUGCUCACGAUGAGGAUGAAGUUCCUCACCCCAACAUGGUAUUGCCUCGUCUUCGCGAUGUAGACGAGUUGAGACAGAGACGGAAUGCUUUUGAGCCCUGGAACCCGCCGACGGUAGCCAACAAGCCACGCGCGGACCGCGUGAAGCUCAGCCCUCGCCAGACGUCAUCAAUUCCGUUGGGAGACAACUCGCAGUGUGGAGGAACAUAUGGCAGGUGUGCGGAUGGAUACUGCUGUUCCGCAUCUGGAUGGUGUGGUCAGUCUGAGGAGUACUGCGCGUCCCCGGAUUGCCAGAUCAACUAUGGUCCUGCAUGUGACGGCAACGAGAAGCCUAAUGGUCCGGAUACUUCAAACUACGCAAGGCCAAAGAACGGUGAUGUUCCCUAUGGUGGCGUAGGCAUCUACGCAUGCGUCAACCAGGGUGAUGUCGCCAUCACAUAUGAUGAUGGCCCUUACAUCUACACCGCUGCCAUGUUGGAUGCCUUCAAGGCUCAUGGUGCCGUCGCUACUUGGUUCAUCACGGGUAACAAUAUUGGUAAGGGCAUGAUCAAUGUCAACUACCGCGAUGUCAUCACACGAAUGAUUGCAGAUGGUCAUCAGGUUGCUAGCCACACAUGGUCCCACGAGAACCUGGAUCAGAUGACGCUUGCCCAGCGCAAGAACCAGAUGGUCUACAAUGAGAUCGCCUUCAUGGACAUCCUCGGCUUCUUCCCUACCUACAUGCGCCCGCCUUACUCCAUCUGCGGAGCCGAGUGCCAGGGACAGAUGGCCGACCUGGGCUACCACAUCACCUACUUCGAUCUCGACACCCAGGGUUACCUCCACACCCCCGCCGACCAGAUUCAAUUCAGCGUGAACCUCUGGGACCAGGCCAUGCUGGCCCGCACGCCUUGCAACGGCAGCUACCUGCACAUCGAGCACGACAUCCACCAGUACAUCGCCACGACCCUGACGAACCACAUCCUCGACUCCGUCGUCGCCAACGGUUGGAACGCCGUCACCGUCGGUACCUGCCUCGGCGACCCCCCAGAGAACUGGUACCGCGGCGCCGUCCCGGCCUACAACUUCAAGAUCACCCCGGUCAGCUCAAAGGUCUGCUCCAGCACCUCCAGCUCGUCCAGCUCGACCAAGACAUCUUCGUCCACCCGCACCUCGUCCGCGACCUCCACUUCGACAGCCGUCUCCACCAACGGCCAGUGCGGCUCCACCGUCGCCUUCACCUGCCAGGGCUCCGCCUACGGUAACUGCUGCUCCGGCGCCGGAUGGUGCGGUUCCACCUCCGUCUACUGCGGCACGAGCUGCCAGUCCAGGUACGGCACCUGCGGAAGCUCAGCAUCCAACACUACUUCUUCUUCGAGCAGUGGCACCUCAUCAGGUAGGACCUCUUCUUCCUCGUCCACCCGCAGCGGCACCAGCAGCAGCGGCAGCUCUUCUCGCACGGGUACUAGCAGCAGUUCAUCUCGUACCGGCACCUCCAGCUCGUCCACUCGCAGCGGAUCAUCAUCGUCGUCUAACACUCGCUCGUCCUCAGGUUCUUCCUCAGGCACCGGCACAGCGUCCGCCUCCAGCUCCGCCGCCUCGUCCACCUCGACGCUUCCCGUUUCCACCGGCGGCGACUGCGGCGCCGCCAGCGGAAAGCAGUGCUUCGGCUCGACCUUCGGUAACUGCUGCUCCGUCUACAACUACUGCGGCAGCACCGCUGCCCACUGCGGGACGGGCUGCCAGUCCGCCUUCGGUACCUGCAACAGCACGUCGUCCGCUUCCGGCAGCUCCUCUUCGGGCGGCGCCAACUCUUCCGGUGCGGCCAGCAGCUCCGGCUCAGCCUCCGCUAGCGGCACGUCCUCCGCCUCCGCCGUCCUCCCCAGCACCUCGCUCAUCUCCACCGACGGCUCAUGCGGUGCCGCGGCCGGCAAGUCCUGCACGGGAAGCACCUUCGGCACAUGCUGCUCCGUCUACAACUACUGCGGUACCACCGAUGCUCACUGCGGCACAGGCUGCCAACCAGGCUACGGCUCCUGCAACGGCACGACCGCCGCAGGCUCCUCCUCCGCAGCGACCCCCGCCUCCUCCGUUGUCGCAAGCGGCAGCACGACCGCCAACGCCGCCGCCGCGACAAACACAAACAUCUCCAAGAACGGCGAGUGCGCCGGCACGAACGGCUACAACUGCCUCGGCUCCAACUUUGGCGACUGCUGCUCCCCCUACAACUACUGCGGUAACACCACCGCUCACUGCGACACGGGCUGCCAGUCCGGCUUCGGCAAGUGCUCCGGCACGGGCGCCAACGUCGCCGUCUCGCUCAACGGCAACUGCGGCUCCACGAACGGCGGGUCGACAUGCGCGGGCUCAACGUUUGGCAAUUGCUGCUCGGCGUACGGAUACUGCGGUAGCACGUCUGCUUUCUGCGGCACGGGUUGCCAGUCUGGAUACGGUACCUGUGAUACUUCUUCCGGGUCCGGUACUACCGCCGCAACACCCGCGGCCACAUCCGCGGCAGCCUCCACUGUCAAGACGGUCACCACCGCCGGCGCGCUCUGCGGUUCUGCUGCCAAUGCCAAAUGCGGUGACGGUUUCUGCUGUACGGUGCUCAACGUCUGCGCUAGCAGUAAGCUCCUGUUUGUCACGAAUCCGGCUUGUUAUGCCGCUGUGGGUUGCCAGACGAGUUGGAGUAGCAGUUGUGCUUAA